ACCGCCAUCUUUUACCGAGAAAGCACUCGGUCAACUAUAUGUCUAAUUUCUCGAGAAUUUUGCGAGUUCUUUCUCCUAAGAAUACUCCAGGAUUCAUAAGCUCAUUAAGAAUCAUGUCGAGAUACGAUAGGGGCCGUUCUUUCGAUAUGGGAGGGCGUUCAGAACGCAAAAGUUUAAUGGGAAGUGGCGGCUAUGGUGGUGGUGGCCGUGGAGGAGGAGGAAGCCGUUUCAAUGAUAGAGGGGGUGGAUAUGGUGACCGUGGUGGUUUUGGUGAUAGAGGAGGUGGUUUUGGUGGUGGUGGUAGAGGUGGCAAAGGUGGCAAAUCAAACAACGAUCUACUGACACUAAGAAAACCAAAGUGGGACAUGAACCAGUUGCCUAAAUUUGAGAAGAACUUUUAUCGAGAGCAUCCAGCAGUUCAAUCAAGGUCUUUUGAAGAAGUAGAUGCAUAUAGAAGAUCCAAUAGUCUUACUGUAUCAGGYAGAAAUGUACCUAAGGCYACACAGAACUUUGAGGAAGCAUCAUUUCCAGAUUUUAUCAUGGAAAUGUUCAAGAGGGAAGGCUUUGUCUCACCAACAUCCAUCCAAGCACAGGGCUGGCCUGUUGCCUUGACUGGAAGGGAUUUAGUAGGUAUUGCACAAACUGGAUCAGGAAAGACCUUAUCGUUUAUUUUACCUGCUAUUGUCCACAUAUACAAUCAACCAUUGCUACAACCAGGAGAUGGGCCAAUAGUGCUUGUGUUGUGUCCCACUAGAGAGCUUGCACAGCAAGUACAGGGCGUUUCCAAUCAGUUUGGCAAAGUUUGUCGAGUCAGAAGCUCAUGUAUAUAUGGUGGUGCACCAAAAGGGCCACAAAUCAGAGAUUUGGAAAGAGGUGUUGAGAUUUGCAUUGCCACACCUGGACGAUUGAUAGAYAUGUUAAAAGCACACAAGACAAACUUGCGUCGAUGUACCUACCUUGUCCUUGAUGAAGCUGAUCGCAUGUUGGACAUGGGUUUUGAGCCGCAAAUUAGGACCAUUAUAGAGCAGAUUAGACCAGACAGACAGACUCUAAUGUGGAGUGCUACCUGGCCUAAAGAGGUAGAAGGUCUAGCCAUAGAUUUCUUGAAUGACUACGUGAAAAUCACUGUUGGAAGUGCAAACUUGGCUGCCAACCAUAAAAUCYUGCAGAUUGUAGAUGUCUGUGAUGAAACUGAAAAAGAUCUCAAACUUAUCAAACUACUUGAGCAAAUCAUGGGAGAAAAGGAAAAUAAGACAUUGAUCUUUACUGAGACUAAAAGAAAAGCAGAUGACCUAACACGAAGAUUACGAAGGGAUGGAUGGCCUGCUAUGUGUAUCCAUGGAGACAAAGCACAACAAGAAAGAGACUGGGUGUUGGGCGAAUUCAGAAAAGGACACGCUCCCAUAUUGGUUGCAACAGAUGUUGCAUCUCGUGGCUUAGACAUCACAGACAUCAAGUUUGUGAUCAACUUCGACUUCCCAAGUUCWACAGAAGACUAUAUCCAUCGUAUUGGAAGAACUGCCAGGUCUGAUCGCACUGGUACCUCGUAUACCUUCUUCACUGUGAAUAACGCUAAACAGGCAAARGACUUGGUAUCUGUCUUGGAGGAGGCUAACCAGCAUGUCAACCCYAAGCUGUAUAAUAUGAUUGAAUUGUCCAAAACCUUUGGUAAAAAGAGAGAUCGUUUCCGCUCCAAAGACACCCCAUACUCUARACCAGGUGGAAGACCAAGCUACCAUGACACUAGAAGCAGUAGUGGUGGAAGAGGUGGUGGUGGAAGAGGUGGCGGAGGUAGAGGUGGUGGAAGACCUGGAUCUAACGACAGAUCAGGAGGAGCUAUGAAUGGUUACAGUUCCAGAAAUUCAUCAGCCGGCAGUGCCAGAUACAAGAGCACUCAGUCAUCUAGACAGCCACCACCUCCACCACCUUCUAACCAAUCCUCAAGCCAAAACUGGAACCAAAACUCCAGYUAUAACUAUCAGAAUACAUACUCUGCACCCCCACCCCCUCCCCCACAGCAGGCACAGUACACUCAGGCCCCUCCCCCACUCCCACCACAGAGUUUGAUGACACAACAACAACAGUAUGGUCAGAGUUAUCAGCAGAACUAUACAAACUAUCAAGCAACAGCACAGUCCAACACACAGCAAUCAUAUGUAUAUAACACAACUACAUGAUAGAACUUUUUAAUGGCAACUUAUACAACUCGAUUACUUUACGAAAAUUAUUUUAAUUCAUGCUAUAGCCCGGAGUUAUGGAUUUUUUUUUUAAUGAUGAAAGUGAUAGCACUAGAUGAGUUUAGAAUAUCUGUAGUGCCCAUCUAUUAGACCACUUAACAAUAUGACUGCAACAGACUACCAGAACAAACUCAGUAAUAUGUGUUUCCUUGARUACAAAUACUAAAGCCCAAUGUUAAGUCAUUUUGUGUUCGAUAUCUACCAUAUGCCAAGUGUAGARKAGAAACAUUCCMACAAAAACAGGUUUGGUGACAGUUAUUAACUAYCAUUUUUUAGUCAAUUAGCCAUUUUUCUAUUUUGYAAUUUUGUGGAAGUCACCRUUAUUGUAUAGUUUAGUGUUCUUUGUUUUGUUCAAYUUGGCAGUAUAUUUCAGUCAUUUUGCUUAUUUACUUGCUAAACAAACAAGUUUACUAUCAACUAUUUAAGAGAUAUGGAUUAAAAAUAAAAUGUUUGAAGACUAA